AUGGCAUUGGCUGAUAGAAGACCUUUCGGAAUUCCUGUUUCAUCUACUCCCGCGUCGCCUGCUUACAAUCCAAGAUCUUUGAGCAUCUCUGGUUCAGGUUCUGGUAGCUCAUCUAGGGACUCAAAUGAUUUCGGCUCGAAUGCCGAUGGGAAAGCAUUGAACGGAGAAUAUGCCGAGAGUGAUGUCAAGCCAUUUACUCCUGAGAAAAGUACUAGUCCAUCUGAAACCUCGUCUUCGAGGAGUAUUUCGCCUGAUUCUUUGAUGAGUUCCGAAAACUCUAAGAAGCUUAACCAUACCAGUUCAAGCAGCUCAAGAGGAUCAACUCCACCAUCAUUGUCUGCUGCUAACAUUAAAAAGCCAAAAACUUCAGCCAGAGUCCCUAUUGCAACUGGAAUUUCGACAACAAUUCCUGUCACGGGCGAGAAACCGAAGCCUGAUCAGAAAAAUGAUCCAUCAUUGGAAGAUGAUGUUUUGUUUGCAAUAUUCCUUAUCUUGUAUGAAAAGGAUCCAGAGGGCAAUGGUAUGACGGUCAAGCAAAUUUGUGAUAUUUUGGUGGAGAGACAUCCUGAAAUGGCUAACUUGUCUACGAAAACUUCCAACUUGGUUAGUGCUAAGUUGAAUGCGUAUGUGAAAAGAGUUGAGAAGGGCGAUUCGAAUUUGAAGUAUGCUUUAUCUAGAGACUGGGCUGAUGCUUCCCCUAAGAGAAUGGUGUAUGUAUAUCGUGGAUUAUUGGCUGAAGACUUCCAUGUGCAUGUCAAAAAUGUAAUGGAAGUUCAAAAGCAACUGAAAACUCAUAGUUUAGAAGAAUCCACGGAGCCUACUAAGCUGAUUGAGAGCGUCAAAUCUAAUGAUCAAGCGUUUGAUUAUGGAAUUCCCAAAAACAGUUUUAUGAAUACCCUGGUGGAUAAAUCGAACUUGUUUGUUCCUUACUCGACAGCUCCUGUUACUGCAUCGCUAACAGAGUCAAUCAACGACUCAAAUGUAAUUGAUAAAAGCAAUAAUUCUGGAAAUCAGGAUUCUGAUUUGGAUUUUCAAGAUUUUGAAGCAUUCAACGAGGAUGACGAGGAUACAGCAGAUUUCCGAGUUGAAUCUUGGAUGAGAAAUGGUAAACGCUCGAAAUCAAUGUCUUAUUUGUCCUCUAAGAAAGCAAAGAUUUUAACUGCAGCCGCAGCAGCUCCAAGGGCACCAAGAACACCUUGUGCUCACAGCCCUAAUGCAGCGGCGGCGGCGGCAGCUUUGCACGCAGCAGCUUUAAAAGCUAUUUCGAAUCCAUCUCAAUCCAUCAAGCCUAACAAUGAAAACGCAAGCUCUGAACGGUUUGAGAAUAAAAAGUGGCUCAGCGUUGUUAGAUCUGGAUUUUUGACUCAAGAAAUUGGCACACCUGAAGAUAUUAGCUUAUCUGACUUAGACAAGUUUUUUGCUUGA